CUACAUUUUACCUCACUCUUCACACCUUCUUUUUGCUUCACUGAUCACUUCUUUUUUUGCUUCAAGAAAUUUAUAGAAAGAAGAGAAAAAAAAAAAGAACCCAAAGAUUUUCAUUACUGCAACCUGAAGAAGUGAAGUGAGUGUUGAGUACCCAAAUGGAGGAUUGCUCGUGAUUUUUCAGUGUUUUGAUUUGGCAGGUUUUUUGUGAUUCAAGUUAAGAGCUUUCACAGAAGUGCCUGUUAAUUGUCACUUAGUUGUGUGUUUCUGGUGAUUUAUGAGUUUCUUCAAUGGUUUAUCCGGAUUUUGCUUAAUUUCUUUGGGUAGUCAAAUAGUCCAGUAAUCACAAGUACAUAUUGGAUUUCUCUCUGAAUUUUCGAGUCUUGAGGUUGCUGUCAUACCCAUACUCUGCAUCCAAAUCCCCAUUUUUGGUAACCUUACUUGCCCAGACUUGUUUUGUGUUCCUUAGAAAAGAUGCAGAAGCUUCCACAGAAUGUUGAAUUUGCUCUGAAGGAGACCUCGCCCAACAUUGGACCAGGGGCUGUCAGUGCUGAUAAACUGGCAUGCACCUAUGACCUUGUGGAGCAAAUGCAAUACCUUUAUGUCCGUGUUGUCAAGGCCAAGGAUUUACCACCAAAAGAUGUCACUGGUAGUUGUGACCCCUAUGUUGAGGUGAAGCUUGGGAACUAUAAAGGACUUACUAAGCAUUUUGAGAAGAAGUCCAACCCUGAGUGGAAUCAGGUCUUUGCUUUCUCAAAAGAUAGAAUUCAAGCUUCAGUCUUGGAAGUGGUGGUGAAGGAUAAGGAUGUUGUUGUUGAUGAUUUCAUUGGCAGGCUUACUUUUGACCUCAAUGAAAUUCCAAAAAGGGUUCCUCCAGAUAGCCCCUUGGCACCUCAGUGGUACAGAUUGGAAGACAAGAAGGGGAAUAAGGCUAAGGGAGAGCUGAUGCUGGCUGUUUGGAUGGGAACUCAAGCUGAUGAGGCUUUUCCUGAUGCAUGGCAUUCAGAUGCAGCUUCAGUAAGUGGGGAUGCAGUUUCAAACAUUCGGUCCAAAGUAUAUCUUUCACCCAGGCUUUGGUAUGUGAGGGUCAAUAUAAUUGAAGCUCAGGACUUGGUACCUGGUGAUAAGAGCAGGUUCCCAGAGGUUUUUGUGAAAGCUGUUCUUGGAAAUCAGGCAUUGAGAACCAGAAUAUCUCAAACUAAGACUAUCAAUCCAUUGUGGAAUGAGGACUUGAUGUUUGUAGCUGCUGAACCUUUUGAGGAACCUCUGGUGCUAAGUGUGGAGGAUAGGGUGGGACCAAACAAGGAUGAAACUUUGGGGAGGUGUGUGAUUCCUCUGCAGAAUGUACAGAGAAGGUUAGACCACAAGCCUGUAAUCUCUAAGUGGCAUAAUCUUGAGAAGCAUGUGGUUGUAGAUGGCGAGAAAAAAGAAACUAAAUUUGCUAGUAGGAUUUAUUUGAGGAUCUGUUUGGAGGGGGGCUAUCAUGUUCUAGAUGAAUCUACUCACUACAGUAGUGAUCUUAGGCCAACGGCAAAACAAUUGUGGAAACCUAGCAUUGGCAUUCUGGAACUGGGGGUUCUAAGUGCUCAUGGACUAAUGCCAAUGAAGACAAGAGAUGGGCGAGCAACCACAGAUGCUUAUUGUGUGGCCAAGUAUGGGCAGAAAUGGGUCCGGACAAGGACAAUUGUGGACAGUCCUAUGCCAAAGUGGAAUGAGCAGUACAUUUGGGAGGUUUUUGACCCGUGCACUGUCAUUACAAUAGGGGUUUUUGAUAAUGGCCAUCUGCAUGGGGGAAAUGGAGGGACAAAGGACUCGAGAAUUGGGAAGGUAAGGAUUCGGGUAUCCACCCUAGAAGCUGAUAGGGUGUACACACACUCGUAUCCUCUUCUGGUGCUACAUGGUUCAGGAGUAAAGAAGACGGGUGAAGUUCAACUGGCUGUGAGGUUCACAUGCUCAUCCUUGAUAAAUAUGCUGUAUAUGUACUCACGGCCAUUGCUGCCAAAAAUGCAUUACAUUCACCCAUUGUCUGUUCUUCAGCAGAACAGCUUGAGGGACCAUGCUAUGCAGAUUGUUUCAAUAAGACUGAGCCGGGCAGAGCCCCCAUUGAGGAAAGAGGUUGUGGAGUACAUGCUUGAUGUUGAUUCACAUAUGUGGAGCAUGAGGAGGAGCAAGGCAAACUUUUUCAGAAUUAUGGGGGUCCUAAGUGGGUUGAUUGGAGUUGGAAAAUGGUUUGAUCAGAUCUGUAAAUGGAGAAACCCUCUCACAACCAUUCUGAUUCAUAUCCUUUUUAUUAUAUUGGUUCUUUAUCCUGAGCUAAUACUUCCCACAGUUCUUCUCUACCUCUUCCUGAUUGGAAUAUGGAACUUCCGCCGGAGGUGUCGACAACCUCCUCACAUGGACACACGCCUCUCACAUGCUGAUGCUGCCCAUCCUGAUGAACUAGAUGAAGAGUUUGACACAUUCCCCACUUCUCGGUCAUCAGAAAUUGUUAGGAUGAGGUAUGAUCGCCUACGAAGUAUAGCAGGAAGAGUUCAGACAGUGAUUGGUGAUCUUGCAACUCAAGGGGAAAGAUUUCAGUCUCUGCUAAGCUGGAGAGACCCGAGAGCUACGACCCUAUUCAUCACAUUCUGUCUGAUUGCUGCCAUAGUCCUUUAUGUCACUCCAUUCCAAGUUGUGGUCCUUCUCAUGGGCCUUUUUGUCCUCAGGCAUCCCAGGUUCCGCCACAAGCUUCCUUCUGUACCCCUCAACUUCUUUAGAAGGUUGCCUGCAAGAUCAGACAGCAUGCUGUGAUCAGAACUAGUUGUUGCUUGCUACUCAUCAUUGGAUCUAGAAUUUCUGGUUAUGCUCACAAGAAAGCAGGGAAAAGUAGCAGCAGUUGAGCAGUUUAUGUUUCUUAUAUUUGUUGGCAGAUGCAUGGUUCAGACAUAAGUUUACUUUCCUCUGCCAAAGUAUGUAAAUUUUAUGCAAUUGUAGCUUGUUUUAUGUUGUUUUAAGAAACAUGUUGAUUAUUUUCAGUAUUUUCAUUGCUAGGUUUCAACUUGAAUGUAAUCCAUCUCUAUCUUUUGCUUGAUUUAUCUUACUAAGACUGCAUGACUGUGUAACUCUUCAAGUUGAAGUUUUGGAGCAUGGAUUAGAAAAUACAAAUGGCAGCAAAAC